CCUCUGAGAUGAGAGGAGCUGCUCUGGUUCUGUUUGCUCUUCUGACAAGAGCACUGUAUCCCCACCAUGCAUCAGCUUUGUUGGGAAAAACUCCAAAUGAUGGUAAUUUGGUGGCAAAAACUGCCAACUUUGUCGAAGUUGACAAACGCUUUGGUUUUAUUGAACAUGGUUACAUACAAAGUAACACAGAGAAAUAUGGAUGGUGUUUUCUAGCAGAACGAUGUAAAGCAUUGCAUUCUGUGGAGACACUUAAUGGAAACAAAGUGUUUCUCCAGGGUGUCUGUUCAGAAUACCAGUGCUUGUCUUUGAGUGUCUGUGAGUCCCAGAACUGGCAGGCUCUAAGCAGCCACCUCACAUCAAAGCAUGUCAAAGUCAUUAAAAGACUACACAUGGUCUCCCACAUUUCCAGCUGUGAUUGUUUGACCGUCCUCCAAAGAAAUAUGAGAAGCAACAAUUUAAGGCUUGUGGCAUGGCAUCGGCUGCAGAAACAUGGGUCCAAUCAAUGGAACAGGGCAGUGAAUGAGUUUAACGCCCAGAGACAUUCAAUGACCAGGACAAACUAUAUGACUUUGUCCUCUGCUUCUAUGUUCCUGAGUGGAGGAAGGUGGAUAUGCUUUAUAAUCAAAUUGUGGCCCAUGACUGAGGCCUGGAUUCUCUUACCCAGUUUGAAUGAGAAAACUAAAACGCUGAAUGGAGAACAUGGUGUUUUAACAUCUGAAAUGCCACAUCUGGCUAAACUUUUACUUACUCUGAGGCUUUUAGACAGAUUCUAUACAAGCCUUUCUCUGCCCUCUGCCUGGGUGUCUGCUGCCCUGCUACACGGCUGCACUCUCACCCAUAAGAACCAUGUGACUGGAAGAAUCUACACUGUAAUAAAGGAGAGCAGAGAGAGAUGUGAUUAUGCUUGUGCUCUCUGUAUGGACUUUCUCACAUUGAAGAACACUUUUCUAAUCCUGAAGCACUUAUUGAUAAAACAAGCAGACAAAAGCCAAACAACUGGAAGCUGCUUAAACACAAACCUCUCAACGUACAAAACUACAAGAUGCCAAAAAGAUGUCACAGAAGAUAUUUCACAGGUGAAAAGCUCUGGAAGAAAAAUGGGACUGCUGCUGACAGCUCUGACACUCUUCCUACUCUGUCGUACAACAUCUAUUCUUUUCAUCAUAUCUCAACGGAGACACACACCAAGCCACAAUGCCAACAUCAAACUAAGGUUCUCGCUGCUUUUUACAGUUACAUGGUGCUCUCCUAGUCCACUUACAGUCACUUUGCCACCAUCCCGAUGUUUCUGCAAAGUCCGCCACACCAUAUUUGGCAUUACCUUCAUCCUCUGCAUCUCCUGCACUCUGGGAAAGACAAUAGUGGUGUUAAUGGCCUUCAGGGCUACACUUCCAACCUGCAAUGUAAUGAAAUGGUUUGAGCCUCCACAGCAGAGACUCAGUGUUCUUGCAUUAAUGCUGUUCCAGGCCUAUACAUGUGUGCUUAGUUUGAUAGUUAGUUUCCUCCCAUUCACCAUGAAAAUAAACCACAUUUCUGAGAAUCUAGGAGAAGGUUCAGGAUUAGCUAUAAACUUCUGCCCUGGAAUUGACUUGUUUAGAAGCCAAACUGUUGUUUUCUUUUUUAUAGGAUUACUAGCCAGAAAAACAUCCAUGACUGUGGUCUGUUAUUUAUCCCUAAACAUACUCAUGUUCAUCUGCAUGAUAGUAUGGAACCUGUUUAUCAAAGCUGGGGUACAACAAUGUAUUUUAAAAAUAACCUUACAUAAUUGUAUACAGUUGUUAUACUUAUAUAGGUCAGUACGUUCUGAAUUGUAAGGACCAAAACAACACUGAUUCUACCAAAAGGUGUAACUUUCCACUGAUAUAAUGAAAUAAAGAAUUGUUACAGGGUGUCACUGAAACAUCUCAGCACCUGAGUUAAAAAAAAGAAUAAAAAUUAUCACAUUUUUA